CGCGGACCUGCGCCGGGCAGAGCGCUCCGUGCGAGCGCGCGAAGCGGUCGGGUUUGAGUCGCUUUCUGCGGAGAGACCCACUCGAGACACAUCCCGCGCCUAUCGCUAAUUUACCGCAGCUGGAGUCCCUUCGUGACCGGUUUGCCAUCGCUAUUAAACAAAAUCACGCUGUAGUUGUUUAGAGUUCAUAGUCUUGAGUUUGUGUGCAUUGCAACACGUUAACACGGAGGGGGGGGGGGUGCAUCAGGGCAUCAGACCGCGUUUGGUGGCUCCGAGUCUUGAUAAGAUAAUGUUCACACUUUGGAUGUAGGCUUCCAUUGGUAUAAGUAGCGUGCAUCUGUCUAAGACAAGAGUUGCAUGAGCGUGGCUGACCGGACUCUGCAGUGCAUCGGGGUUUAAAGGGACAGAUUCUCCUGCAGUUCAUCAGCGGGGGCAGUCGCCGCUGUGCAGCCUGUGGCGGGCAAGGGGCUUCAUCCCGGCGGAGUGGACGCCUCCUGAUCCCCCUUCUCUUGCUGCUGCUGCUGCGGGACUCAUCCAGAUAUGCCGGUGGCAGUGCCCCCAGACAAGAUGAACCUGCGGCUCAUCCUUGUGAGCGGGCGGACCAAGGAGUUCCUGUUUGCUCCCUCGGACUCGGCGGCUGAUAUCGCCCGGCAUGUGUACGAGAACUGGCCAGUCGACUGGGAGGAGGAGCAGGUGAGCAGUCCCAACAUACUGAGGCUCAUCUACCAGGGCCGGUUUCUGCAUGGCACCGUCACUCUCUCAGCUCUUAAGCUUCCCAUGGGAAAGACGACGGUCAUGCACCUGGUUGCCAGGGAAACACUGCCGGAGCCCAACUCCCAAGGUCAGAGGAACCGUGGCAAGACGGAGGAGAGCAGCUGCUGCGUGAUCCUUUAAUCGCACCUCGUGGAAAUGAAACAAAACCAGCCAUCAGCUUCUGCUGGCCGCUUCCCAUAAAUCACCUCCCCAUCUCUCCCUCGGGAGUACAUGAGGCUGUGAUUUUUAGGGAUGUGGAGUGCAGUGGGGAGCUGGGGUGGGGGUGCUGCAGU